AUGCUGUGUGCGUUCAACGCCACAGCCCUGAGGAGCGUCCUGCCUCCACUGCUGCUCUCACAGUUCGUCCUGGGAGCCCUGGGGAACGGCCUGGCCCUGUGGAUCUUUUUCUUUUAUCUGAAGCCGUGGAAGAGCAGCACUGUGCUCCUCUUCAGCCUGGCCAUGAGCGACUUUCUGCUGAUCCUGGUGCUGCCGUUUCGGGCCAGUUACUACCUCUCUCAGCUGCAGUGGCACUUCGGGGGCUUCAUGUGUAACCUGUGCCUCUUCAUGCUGGCCAUGAACCGCACUGGGAGCGCCUUGUUCCUCAUGGCCAUCGCUCUGGACAGGUACAUGCGUGUGGUCCACCCCCAUCACCCAGUCAACUUCUUAAGCCUCUCCAAAGCCAUGUGUGGAGCGGCUGUGCUGUGGCUGAUGGCCAUCUCCAUGAGCGCUCACAUAUUUACCUUAAAACACAACAAUACCAAUUACUGUGAGAGUUUCAGCAUUGAGAUAAAAACUGACAAACUUAUGACCUUUUCUUGGCAUAAAUUUGCCUUUUUGUUUUCCUUCUAUGUGCCUUUAAUUGUGAUCCUCUACUGCACUGUGAGCAUCACGUCCCACCUGAAGGGAAGGCAGAUUGCCCAGCAGGCUAAAAUCAAAAAGGCCUUGUGUUUCAUCAUUGUGGUGGUUGUCCUCUUCAUCAUCUGCUUCCUUCCCAGUAACAUCAUUCAAGUCAUCCUUUGGUUUAAGACAAACAAAGCCAUUCAGACUUUGCCCCUGACAGAAGUGUGUCCUGCCAUGGAGGAGCUGACCACAGUCUUCUUCCUCACCAUCAGCCUGACCUACCUGAACAGUGUGCUGGACCCCCUGGUCUACUACUUCUCCAGCCCGGCCAUCAAGAACAUCUGCAGGCGGGCACUGCAUAUGCCCCCGGCCUCAGUCACUGGAGAGAGCACCGAGAAGAAGACCAGAGACACCGGAUCAGUGUCUCUCAGUCAGCUCUAG